AUGGCGUGCGUGCAUCCUUAUCUAUUCUUUAGCGUGCCACGUGGUCGUGCCAAUGCUGGAGCCAUAGUGCAAGGCUUUGAGCUGAUGCAUCAAGCUGACGACGAUGAUGCUGAUGAUGAUGAUGGUGAGGAGGAGCCCAUGGCAGCUGUUAGAGCUGCUGCUGCUGCUGAUGAUGAUGAUGAUGAGAUGGAGGCAGAAGCUGCUGCUGACGAUGAAGACGACGCCGAAGACGAUGAUGAUGACGAUGAAGAUGAGCGCAUGCCAAUGCCAAUGUCGCGUCGUAAUCCCGCACAGCAAUUGAUGGUGGCACGCGAACAAGCGGGCGCUAUAAUGGUGCCCGAUGGCAUUAUUGAGAUCGAGGGUCAGAGCGUCAUCGAUGAGCAGACGGGCAAGGCGGCGCUGCUGGUGCCACGUGCUUCACUCGAUGCCAUACCCGAUGGCGCUGUAGUCGCCGUAAUGGAACGCUCCUCCGCCGCCGCCGCCGCCGCUAGCGAUGCCGACAUUGGCGAGGAGCGCGCCAAUCGCGUCAUUGUGCGCCGCCGCAAGACCGGUGGCCGCCGCCGCCAAGGACAGCGACGUCGCCGUCCAAUGCAGCAGCAGCGUCGUCGUCGUGUCAAUAAUGCCAACAGACGUCGCCGCAAUGGCAACCGCCGCAACGUCAAUCGUCGUCGCCAGAAUGUGCGUGUGGUGCGUCCCAACAGACGCCGCAAUAACAUGCGUCGUCGUCAAAUGCUGCAGGGCUAA